UCAAUGUAAAACAAAUCUCUUGAUAUUCCUCUUGUUAACAAACCAGUUUUGUCUUGUUAUUAAACCUAAACUCUACCUAAAUCCUAUUCAGAAAUGCUUAAAAAUUUGAUUUCAUUUCAUUAACUCUUUAGCAUUUUAAUGAUGAAUUAAUUAUUUCAUAUUUACCGGGUUUCAUCCAUCGGUUAAAUGGGUUGACCAAUAGUAAGCGUAGAGAAGCGAGGAAGUGUUUCAAUGUUUUGAUUUUUGUCUUAGGAAGUUGACAAUUAACUGGUUAAUUAAUCUAGAUGAUAGAUUGUUAAUUAGUUAAUGUCAACUGUAAUGUAUUGAUCGGAAAGUGCAAAGGCUUCUUCUUGUUUAUGUGGUGAUCCGUUUAUUAGCUGGUUGAUUGUUUUUGGUGACUUUUGAUGGACAAUUAACUAAUUCUGUCGACUGUAACAAUUAAUUUUGAUUACACUAUUUCCAACAACUAAUUUUAAUCUACUAGUUUAAUCUGAAUAGGUCUGAAUAGAGCUAUUUAGAUUUGUGUCCCUCGUUUUAUAAUUGUUUACUAUAAGGUUACCAUAGGCUAAAGUUCUUAUGGUUAUUUUGUAAGGUUGAUCAGUUGCUUUGAUUGUCAGUUAAUAAACAUUCAAUUUUGAGAGAUAAUGGUUCAUCUAAAAUGAGAGAGUGAAAGUUCGAUUUUAAUUAUAAUUAAUUUAUUCCAUCAUGAAGAUUUUUAUCAAAAUGUGAGAAGUCAAGGGAUAAGUAAUCGUUUCAAUUGAAAGGAAGGCUGCUAGAUGACUUGAAACCAAUAAUUAAUCCAUACUGGAUCCUGCUAAAAUUAAUUUUGUGGGUCUGUUCAAUCGUAAUCUCAGUACCGUGACGAGUGACAAUAUCAAAUUCAUCGAUCAUGGAAUAUAUCAAUCAACAGUUGACCAUUUGAUGUUUUAAAUUCACUUUUCAUCUCAAUUCACUUUCUACUAUUUCUUUUAUUUUCCAAACUUGACAAUCUUUGCUAUGGAGUACUUAACUCAACUGUCGUUUUUAAUGGGCCUGAUAUCCAUGGCAUCAGCUGGUGGAUUACACUUGGAUUUUGGUGUUAAUCUUCCUCCAUUUGUGCUUCAUAUGCCUCGAUUUAAUUUACCACCCAUAAAGAUAGCUGCCACAUUCAAACCGUCAACUGGAUCAUCACCAUUCGCCAUAAAAUUCCCAGGAAUAUCAAUUGCUACCAAUCAUGGGCAUAAACAAGAUUCUUGGUGGAAUCAAAAUCAGGCUUGGCCCGAACCUGAACCAGAAGUAGAACCUUAUCCCGAAUCUGAGCCUGAACCAGAGCCAGAGCCAGAAAGUGAACCAGAACCAGAACCUGAAUAUUAUCAUCACUCUAAUCAUGGACAUCAUCAUUCAUAUGAUCACUGGGGUAAAUCAGCCGUCAAAUCAUACCAACACGGUAAAUCACAUAAAGAUAGCUGGUCUUCAAGAGCUCGAACGACUGGAAAUAAAGCUGAACCUCAACAUAUUUACAUGAAACAAUCAUCAAUGCCCAAAACUUCUGUUUUUACUGGUGCACAACAAGCUAAUCACCAAAGGAAAAUCGUCAACGCUCACAUGGCCGCUAUUCGUGGUUCAUCAUCAUCAUCACUCUCACCAUCAUCUUCAUCUUCACUACCUUCACAAUCUUUGCCAUCCUCAUCAAUCGACCAAUCUCCUCCAACAGCUGCUGAAGUUGAUUCUUGGUUGAGUCAAAUGAAAUCAAUCAAUGCAAUACCUAACCAAUAUGAAUUAGACUCCAACUCUAAUCCAAUGGAUUAUGAACGUCGUCGAUCUUCUAACGCACAUGCUGCACCAAGUAAAUCACUUUACAAUCCACCAAUUGAUUCACAUUCAAAGGUUGACCAAACUUCAUCCCCUCAAUCAUCUUCAAUCGAAAUUUCAAGUGAGAACAAUACUCCAAAAAAACAAUCUAUGAACAGAGCUCAGCUCAAAUCUAAUUAUUAGCAAACCAAUUAAUAUUAAUCAAGAUAAAAAUCUAAAUUUCAACGUAUUGAUGUAAAUAAAAAGUUGUCAGCUUCAAACAUCUUGUCAGGCUUUUAUUGUUAAAAACUUAGAUAUAAUUAUAUUAACAUAUUAUAGAUUGUUAUAUUUUUUAUGAUUAUUUAUUGUUCUUGAAAAUUAAAGUAUUGCAUCCAAAUCAAUUCAA